AUGCUCUCUGAACCGCAUGUCUUUGAGAACCUGGCCUCGGAUGAUAAUGGGCGAACACUGAAGGUUGCCGCGAAGCGCUACUGGUCGACCCAUGCAGCCCAUACCAGCCCAGGCUCAGUCACCCUCAUCUUGGCCCACGGGAGUGGCUUUCACAAGGAACACUUCGAACCAUUCCUCCAGCGUCUCUUCAAGCUCUCCGAGGAUGACGAACGUAGAGCUGUGGGUAUCAGGGAGGCAUGGGCAUUAGACUGGCAAAGUCAUGGAGACUCUGCGGUGCUGAACGCCGGCGUAUUGGGACCUAGUGACAUUGUCAGCAUCUCGGUCUGGGGUAGGGCGCUUGCUGCCUUCGCGUCGUCGGCCCGUCUUCAGGGACCUAUCAUUGCGAUAGGUCAUUCCGCUGGUAGCUCUGCCUUUAUGUACUCGACCAAAUUCUUCCCUUCGCAAGAUAUCCCGUAUAAAGCGAUGUUGCUUGUCGAGCCGCCUAUGAUCGACCGUCGCGUUUUCCAAGCCAAUCUCGAAGAUCGCCAGCGCCAGCUGAAAUUCGUGACUGCCGCUGUGAGCAAGAGUCGAGCGAGUUGGCCAGAUAAGAAGUCUGCGCUUGAGUACUUCGGCAAACGUCCACCCUAUCGUACAUGGGACCGCCGCGUUCUCGAACUAUACAUCGAGCACGGCUUUCAUCAAGCGCCAGGUGGACAGGAUGUCGUUCCGAAAUGUCCCAAGGCUCGCGAGUCGGCAGCAUUCGUGGACCUUGAGAGUACCUUUGUCGCCACGGAGCAAAUUACGCCGGUUUCCGCCCUCCUUCCGCUUCACAUUAUCUUCGGAGCAAAGAAUGACAUGAUGCCUCGUUACGGCCAAGAUUCGCUUAUAGACGCGACGAAGGGCCGUAAACCAGCUUCAGUAACACGUGUGGACGGUGCAGGACAUCUAAUUGUUCAAGAGAUACCUGAGCGUCUGGCGGAGGUGGUCUACUCUCUUCUGAACAAUCGACUAUUUCAGGCCAAGCUGUAG